AUGUCUAAAAAAUUUGCAUCCGAACCAACGAAAAGAAUUCAAGAAAAGUUGAAUGAAUGUCAAUCUAAUCUACGGCAAAUAGAAACCGAAAAAAUGUAUUGGAAAAUUAAAUAUCAAGAAUCACAAGCCGAGAUUGAAAAAUUAAAAAAAGAAAAUGCUAGGCUUAAACAACAAAUAAUCGCUCUAGAAAAAAAAUAUGAUUCUGAUUUUCAAAGUUAUCAUCUUUUUCCAAAACCACAUGCGACAUUGAAUCCAUAUCCGGCAGCUAAUUUGUCAGAAGAUAAUAUUCUUCACCAAUUGGAAACUAUACAUAACAUAUCGACUGAUAUUUUUAAAAUUGAUAGUUUUUCAUUUAAUGAAGCUCGUCGAUUAGAAAGAGAAAUGCUUAGUCAAUGUUCAUCAAGUUGGUGGGAGAAGAGGAAUGUAAUUGUGUAUUUUUUAAUCGAUCCUUUAAUGGUAAUUAAUUUACAACCAAAGAAUGAUUCUUCACUUGAUUCUGGAUUGAUUGAUCCUCGUUUUUUCUUUCAAUUCAUAUCAUCUAUAUUCUAUGUUUGUCAGGGGCUUAAGGACCGUCCUUAUGAUCAUUUUAAAAAAAGCUCUUAA